AUGCAAACAAGCAAACCCCCUGGACUUGGUAUAAAGUCUGCUGAAGCGACAAUCAACUCAGAAUGCUUGUCUACAUUGCCUUUGUGCGCACUUUUCAAUCGCCCUUUAGACAGUCACUGCCGAAAGGCAGUCGACGCUCGAAUGAAGCAAAACAAAUUGCUUUUCAUCGGCAUAAGACAUCAGUCUUUUAAAGAUGUAUUUACUGAGAUCGUCUGUGUUCAAAUAGCUCGAAAGAAUCGAUGA